AUGACUCCAUCCCCUGCUACUCGCCUACUCUGCUUCAGCUUCAGGCUUUUAGCCACCUCGUCGCCCCGUUCAACUUCAACCACGCGGCACUCACCUCACCACCGCAUCCAGAGCAGUGCGCCACUCACCACUGCCAAGAAGCACGUCCACGGUCUCCCUCUUCUUUGCUCGACGCUCGUCGCUCCAUCCCUCCAAGUCCAGGGUCCAGCCGUGCAGGGUGAUGAUAGGGAGACCGGCAUCGAGGACGUUGAGAGUUUACGUGAAAAAUCGGUUUUGCUGUCCGGUGCAGUCCUAGACAACCGUUUGGCCUCCGCGGGAGAAACCAAAACCGAUAGCCACAGGGCGAAAGCAAAGUGGAAACUCAAGUCAGUUGUUACACUUGCAUUGACUAUUCUUACUAGUUCGCAAGCCAUUCUAAUCGUUUGGUCCAAGAGAGCUGGCAAGUACGAGUAUAGUGUAACCACCGCAAACUUUCUGGUGGAGACUUUAAAAUGUGCUAUAUCCCUUGUGGCCCUUGCAAGAAUAUGGAAAAAGGAAGGUGUCACUGAGGACAAUCGGUUGAGCACCACAUUAGAUGAAGUUAUAGUGUAUCCCAUUCCAGCAGCACUUUACCUUGUCAAAAAUUUGCUUCAGUAUUACAUCUUUGCAUAUGUAGAUGCUCCUGGCUAUCAGAUAUUAAAAAACUUGAAUAUUAUCAGUACAGGUGUUCUCUACCGAAUUAUACUCAAGAAGAGGUUAAGUGAGAUUCAAUGGGCUGCUUUUAUUCUACUGACUGCUGGUUGCACUACAGCCCAGUUGAAUUCAAAUUCUGAUCGUGUUCUUCAAACUCCCUUUCAAGGUUGGGUGAUGGCAAUUGUAAUGGCACUCUUGAGUGGUUUUGCAGGAGUAUAUACCGAGGCUAUUAUUAAGAAGCGCCCUUCACGAAACAUAAACGUUCAGAACUUCUGGCUUUAUAUCUUUGGCAUGGGCUUCAAUGCUAUUGCAAUACUGGUUCAAGAUUUUGAUGCUGUGAUGAACAAGGGAUUCCUCCAUGGAUAUUCGCCCAUUACUGUUCUCAUGAUUUUCAAUCAUGCACUCAGUGGAAUUGCUGUAUCGAUGGUGAUGAAGUAUGCUGACAAUAUUGUGAAGGUGUACUCUACUUCGGUGGCAAUGCUUCUUACAGCAGUGGUUUCUGUCUACCUUUUCGGAUUUCAUCUCUCCCUUGCAUUUUUCCUUGGUACAACGUACCACCCCCCAUUCACUCACAAACAUAAGUUGGAAGGAGGCUCCAACGUGCGAACCAGCUCGGAAGCCACCAUUCGCGGACGAUUGGGCCAACCAAAACCAUCCAUCUUCUUAAUCUCCGGUUACCCACCGUAACAUGUUGUCUCUGUUGCGAUUUAUCUGAAUUCUGCCGGGAAGAUGCAAAGAUAGCUGUAACUACCACCUGGUUCUUUUGACCCCAUUUCAUAUUCAUACAUUUUCAAAUUGUUAAUUAAAUAUCAUAGUAGUGUAUAUUUUGACGAGUUUAAUUUUCAUGUAUGAAUAUUGUAAAACGUUUUACAUAGUCAUGCAAUUAUAAUCAUUAUCAUUCACGU